GUAAUUCUUUGUUCGACUUCUAACUUUUCACAGACUCUUUCUUCAACCAUCUGCCUAGCAUGAGCAAAGUCGUUUUUGUGGGUAAUGUUCCCUACAACAUGGGUGAGGAACAACUCAUCGAUGUGUUCAAAUCUGUCGGACAAGUAAUUGGCUUCAGGCUUGUAUACGAUCGUGAUACAGGGAAACCAAAAGGCUAUGGCUUUUGUGAAUUCGGCGACCACGAAACAGCCCAAUCCGCUGUUCGCAACCUGAACAACGUCGACGUCGGAGGAAGACCCCUCCGCAUAGAUCUCGCAGACUCUGACCCAUUCCUCGAAGGCAAGACGACGGUACGCGGCGAACUCGUCGACGGUGGGGAGACCCGAGCGCAGUGGAGGGAGAGGGAGGAGUCCCGAGGUGGGGAUCGAGGGUAUGGCCCUCGAGGUGGCGGUGGAGGACCUAUUGAUAGGGAACGGGACGCGUUCUUGAAGUCGCUGCCUACUGGAGCGCCACUACCCAUUGGGAUGACGUCGCUGGAUGUGAUAAGCCAGACGUUGGCGACGAUGAACCCUGCACAAUUGAUUGAAGUGUUGGCACAGAUGAAGGCGUUCGUAAUAACCCAUCCAGACGAAGCUCGCACCCUCCUUGCCUCCCAACCCCAGUUCUCCUACGCCCUCUUCCAAUCUCUCCUUCUCAACAAAAUCGUCGACCCCGCAAUCCUCAACCGCAUGCUCGCCGCCACCUCCAAAUCCACACCCACCCUCUCAUCCUCCCAACCCCACCUCCCAGGCCCCUCCGGCCCCCUCAUCCCACC